AUGGGUUUCAAAGUGAAAGCUGAGGAGAAGAAGAUCCAGGCCAAGGACAUAGUAGCGAUCAUGGCAGAGACCCGUUCUGAAGCGAGACCGAGAGGUCUACCAGAUGAGACACAAAGCGAGAACCUAUUGGACCUUGACUUGGAUGAGGACGAGCUGAGGAUGGCAGGCACACCGCCAAGCUGGGAACCACUGGAAAGCCAGGGUGGGUCUCAGAGUGAUGCAGUUGGGUCACAAUCAGUGCAGGUGAGCACUGGAUGGCCUACGGGUGUUGGGACCAGAGGGACUUCAAGGAGUUCAAGUGAUGGGGUCCUACGGGAUUCCAGGCUGCAGUCACUACUGGAGGCUGACAUGGCGAUGAGGUCUUUGGACCCCCACCUCCACCUCUACCAAGACCUUAUGGAGGGUUUCCAGGCGGAUGAGAUGGACAAAGGCAAUGUCAGGGGCUCUAACAAGGUUGGGGAGAUUGUCAAGAUGAUGUCCGACGAGGAGGUGGACCACGUGAGCCACUACCGGGACAAGAUCAACGUUGUGGACUGCAACGAGAUGGCGAUCAAGGAGGUCAUGUACGUGGAGCCAAUCAAGGAGGUGAGGUUCACUUGA